GCCACCUGCGCCGUUGUUGAUUGUCCGACAUGCAUUCUUUGUUUGCACGUGGAAAGGGACAGUUGACGCCACCACGAACGAGUGAGUGCUGAUGGCUGCUUCACCUACUCCCUGCCCCCCCUCAAUCUCCUCCCCAUUCAUGUACCCUUUGGCCUUUGCGACAUAACCCCAGGGCAAGGUCCGUAUAAUAUCAGCCGACGGCAUAAAAGUCCAGUGCUUGCCAGGCUUCCAGAUUUGGCAAACCCGCGUCCACCCCUGCAUGCUUGGUUUGGUUUGCGUACUGUCUGAGGUGGGUAGCACUAGAGCGACAUCGUUCCCGCUCUGUGUCCCCGCAGUUUUGCCAAGUUGCGGUUCUGAUCGGACUCUUGGUUGUGCUGUUGUGCGUCAUUCCAGUAAAGCAGUUAUCCUUCCACCACAAUUGAUUUGGAAAGCGGGAGAAAAUCCAUCGUUGACCUUUACGUGUAUUGUCAGUCGCUCGUUAUUGCUCUUCUCGCGUCGCUUAUUGAGCGUCAGCCAGCCAUCGCGGCUUCUCGUUUCAGCCCCCAGAAAAGCGGCAGGUAACAGCGACCUGCCGCUAAACCCCACCUAGACCUGAGCACCUUGGACGCGAAUCGAUCGAGUGGCUCUGGCCCGCCGCCUAAUUUCGCCAAACGACCCCGACGCCACCCCUUUGCAUUCGAAUCCCCCAGUCUCUGCCAGCCAGACCAACAAACAACAAGAUCGAGCCACACCAUCUGCACCACCACCAGCGACCUCCAAGUCGCUCGUCGGCCGGCCGAAAUGUCUACCCAAGAAUACUACUCGGGCGCCAGCAAAUCGUUGCCGAACCCAAACCCCUCGCGCACCCCCGACCCGUACCAGUCCUCCUCGCCCGCGCCCUACGCCCCGUCGAACCCGCCCGCCUACAGCUCCCAGCCCUAUCUCGGGCUCGACGACCCGAGGACAGCCGCCGCCGGAAGCAGCAGCAGCAGCGGCGCCUCCCGACCCCCCGCCGGUGGGCCCUCCCCGUUCGAUACCGUCUUCGACGACCAUGUGUACCCCAUGAACAACAGCCAGCGCAACCAGACACCCACCCCCGGCGGUGGCCGCCAGCAGCAGGACACGUCCUACUACGGCGGCGGCGGCGGCGGCUCCGGCCCCAGCCCCGGUGGCGUGGGCAGGAUGAACUCGGACGACCGUAUAGCAUCGGCCGACGACAUCCCGCUGCAGGACCGCCACCGCCGAAAGGACGCCGAGGCCAACGACCACGUCUACGAUAGCAACGGCGCCCCGCCCGGUGCCGCUGCCGCUGCCGCCGGCUCCGGGUCGCGCCGCCAGCGGUCGGACCAGAAGAAGAUCCGAUUCGGCGAGCUGGGCAUGCUGGGCAGCGGCAAGAAGAAGAUCGCAUGGGUCUGCUACGUCUUUUCCGCCAUCCAGGGCGCCGUCUUCAUUGGCGAGAUUGUCAAGAACACACAGCUCACGGGCUCUCCCAUCAUGAUAAAACCCCAGUUCAACCCCAUGAUCGGCCCCUCCACCUGGGUCCUGAUCAACAUGGGCGCUCGCUAUGUCGUGUGCAUGCAUCACGUCGACAAGGUGGUCAACGCGCCCAAGGUGAUCCAAUGGCCGUGCCCAAACACGACGACGACCGAUUCCAACUGCUCGCUCGGACAGCUGUGCGGUUUCGGCGGCGUGGAUGAGCCCCCCUACGGUAAAUUCGUCAAUGUCUCGCUCACGGACAUUCCGGCCAGCGUACCUGCGCCCAACCAGUGGUUCCGCUUUAUCACACCCAUUUUCAUGCACGCGGGCCUGAUCCACAUCGGCUUCAACCUGCUGCUGCAGCUGACCAUCGGCCGCGAUAUGGAGAUGUCGAUUGGCACCCUGCGCUUCUUCCUCGUCUACAUGAGCGCUGGCAUCUUUGGCUUCGUCAUGGGCGGCAACUUUGCCGCCACGGGCAUCGCAUCUACGGGUGCGUCAGGCUCUCUGUUUGGCAUCAUCGCCCUGACGCUGCUGGACCUGCUGUACUCGUGGAAGGACCGCAAGAACCCGACAAAGGACCUGCUCUUCAUCUUCCUCGACGUCGCCAUCUCGUUCGUGCUGGGCCUGCUGCCGGGAUUGGAUAACUUCUCUCACAUUGGCGGCUUCCUCAUGGGCCUCGCCCUAGGUGUGUGCCUCCUGCACUCGCCAAACUCGCUGCGCCGCCGAAUCGGUACCGACGACCCGCCCUACACUCCGGUUCAGGAUGGGCGCGCGCGCGUGACGGGCAGCCAGACGGCCCCGCCCUUCUACAAGAACCCCGUUGGCUUCUUCAAGGGCCGCAAGCCGUUGUGGUGGCUGUGGUGGCUGAUCCGCGCCGGCGCCCUGCUGCUCGUCUUUGUCGCCUUUGUUCUCCUGCUGAACAACUUUUACGUCACGCGGGUUCACUGCGAGUGGUGCAAAUAUCUCAGCUGCCUUAAUAUCAAUGGCUGGUGCGAUAUUGGCAAUCUCCAAAUAGUCGACGAUCCCCCCAAGACCACUACGCCGUCGCCACAGCUGCUCCUACGUAGCUUGGCUGCUAAUCUGCACUAAGCAGCAGGUGGACAUGAUGGGUUAGGCAGGAUCUUGGACAAUUUUAUCUUUUUAUGUUUUUUGUUGUCUUGUCUACGAUCUCGUGGCAUAGCGGGAAACGGAUUCCCAUCGCAUGCCAGAUGAGCCAGGAGAUUUGGUUGAUCCCCGACGUCUUAGUCUCCUUUUCGCGUUGUCUGUAACACCCAUCGCACAGCCCCUAGGCUAUACCUAAUUCUCUGCACCGUCAAGCUCCUCUACGGGGUUAUGACUCGCGAAAGGUCUUGCUGUGUUGUUCAUACGUGCCUUUGCACUUCAGUCUUGUUUUUGUCAUGCAGCGUUGGCGUUUUGGGCGAGCUCAAAUUACAUAGCACUGUUGGCUGUCCUGGAGGACCGGAUUCUGAAGGCGAUGUUGCGUUUUGAGAAACUGGACUGCUCUGGAGUCGUGGCUCUUGUGCACAGUGAGCGAUGGUCGGCUUGUUGAGUUACAUUAGAAAAGGGCAGAAAAGUGAAAUGUAGUGUAUGGGCGCAGGAUGGUAGCUGAAGGUAUUGUGACGUGACCGGUGUGCAAUACAAGUCGAGAUCAUCGGCCAAGGUCCAGCCCUGGGGCUUUGGGUUGUUAAUGUCUUGAAUUGCUAAUAUUCAUCCCCGGCUGCUAUCUCACAGAUCGGUCGGGUUGUUGUACAAUAGGUAGGCACAUUUCAAGUCGUGGCAAUAUGGUGUUUAGUAACAAGGCGUCGGGUCUCGAAUACGCCAGCGCUGGACGAGCCCCCUUGCUCCAUGUCUACCUCCCUUCUCCAUUUACCAAUACAUGCAACCACGGUCCUCCCCCUAGCUAUCCGCACCGCCUUUCCUCCCAAAUACUACUACUA